UUAAGAUCAACAGUAAUUGUUUGUAAGAAUAUUUUAUACCUCUUUUAUUCAAACGAUAGUAUUUUACUAUAAUCCUUGUAUAUAUUUACCUUUAUCUCUAACUGACAUUAAUCAAGCGCACCAGCAUUGUCCUUCGGCAAGAUUGAUUCUUAAGCAAGAUGUGGGCUCGAUUACCAUCACAGUCGUUGAGUCAUGUAAACAAGAGGGCUCUGUCCCUCUCCGUUGCAAAGGCAACCACAGCUGUACAUGAUGUUGCUCCAAAAUCACGCCUUGAAGUGAUGCAAGAACUGUCCAAAAAUAACUUUCAACCAGACCCCACGAAGAUUCCCCAGAGUUUAAAAGAUUUACGAUACCCAGCUAUAGGUAAUCGAGAUGUAGUUGGUCCAAGUCUUUGGAUAAACCACGACUAUCAUGAUGUAGUUGACCAGCCAUAUCCAGCUGUCAGGUUCGCUGAAAACACGCCGGCAGUGUUGGCACUCAGGGAAAAAGAAACUGGUGACUGGACAAAACUUACACUUGAGGAAAAGAAACAGAUUUACAGAAAUUCUUUCCGGAUGACGUUUGCUGAGAUGGAGGCGCCUACAGGGGAUUAUAAGCGCAUUGCGUUUCACUGUUUGUAUCUGUUUGCGGCGGUCACAUUGUAUCAGUACUACGUAAACACCCAGUUGUUUGAUCAGGAGAAUGCCCCAAAAUUGGAGAGGCAGCAGGUGUUCCUCAAGGAGAUGGUAAUGAUUGGAGCAAAUCCCAUCAGUGGAGUCUCCUCCAAGUACGAUUACGAAAAUAACCAAUGGAGAAAGUAGGCAGAAAAAUUGGAUGUUCCUAUGUAAGGCAUCAUGGGAAUUUUUAGUGCUGUGUGAUAGGACUGAAUACUAGCUCAUAACAACGUCAUAUCUUUUUCAAGUAUCUUGUUUUGGUGACACCUAUCUUUUGAGUGAAAAAAAAGGAAAAAGACAAAACUACAUUUUUAAAAGUAUUAUAAAAUUCUUACCUAUGUUAAUGAAAAAGAAAAUAUAUGGAUUUGUUGUUUUCAAUGUGCUCUGUUUCAUAUGAUCAAUAAAUUAUUCAAAAUGUA